GCUUGACAGAGGAUUUUCUGUGAACACCGCAUCAAAGCAGCUUGAAUAAAGUGCUUAACGAAAAAUUGUUUAUUCACUGAAUAACUGAAUUGUUGCAUAACUGAAAACAUAUUGGAGUGCCAGAGUUGUUAAAUUCAGAUACAAAAUGGCGAUGGAUGGAUUUGGGACUGUAUUUGCAUCGCAUCAAUAAAAAUUCUAAAUCAGUGUAAUAAAAAACAGGGUUUAACGACAUAUUUUCGAAGUAACCGAAGAAAAGGAAUCGAAGUUCGAAUGAUAAAAAUUGUUUAGUGUUUGCGCUCGCGCAUUUUCAUAAUGGCUGUUUCAUUGGAAUUGCAAUUAUAGUGUAUAUGUGUGUGUGAAUACCUGUGACUUGGUGGUGCAUAAAUGUGAAAAAGGCGGGAUAAAAAAAAUGAUGACUGACACAUAUCUUUUUUUAUUUAAAAUAAAUAAAUAAUACAAUUAGACAUGCCAAUAAAUAAAUGGUGAGUUAACCAAUGUGGCCAAUAACAUGGCUGGUACACAGGCACAGAGACCCACAAUCUCUCAGCAUGAGGGUACCAGUGCUACACGUCUACGAACCAAUCGAACAAAUGCUCAACAACAACAACACUCACAAACGACUGGUAUCACAACGACAACACAAAGUGGCUCGAAUUCACAAUUGCAAACGCAGCAACACCCGAACACGAUCGGCUGCACUUCGUCCAGUGGAAACGGUUCCACAAUUGCAAUAUCGACUAUCUCGACUGCACCAAUUCCAAGUCGACAAUUGCUUGAAUCAUCACAAAUGCUUCAACAGCCUCAGCAUGUCGAAAUUGUACUCAACGAUGACAACGACGAUGCUGAGCAAAUUGCCGCCGAAAAAGAUGCCGCCGGUACAAAAAAGGUUCGACAUCGGCGUCAUAAACGUCCGUUUUACAGACGUGUCUUUAAUUACAUAAGAAACGCUUGGACUGGAGUUAAUUUCUCAUCGUCAAACGAUUCCGAAUUAGAAGAAUUAGAAACAACACCACGCUAUCGCCCGGAUUCACUAAGUGCAUUAAGUCGGUCAACACGUUUUUCCGAAGCAGAAAUCAAACGAAUUUACCGUGGAUUUAAGGCCGAGUGUCCAACUGGCGUUGUUAAAGAGGAUACUUUCAAAAUUAUCUACUCGCAAUUCUUUCCACAAGGAGGAGAAAUAACCGGAGCGAAUACCGGACUUUACGCACAUUAUGUGUUCAACACUCUCGACUCGGAUCACAGUGGUAUUGUUAGUUUUGAGGAAUUCGUUCAAAAUCUUUCAACAUUGUUACGUGGCACAAUGGAAGAAAAACUACGUUGGACAUUUCAACUAUACGAUAUAAAUGGCGAUGGAUUUAUAACACGAGAAGAAAUGACUGAUAUUGCUAUCGCAAUUUAUGAGCUAAUGGGACGAAAUCCGGAAACCGUUCACACAGCACCCGAUCCGGAUCAAAUCAGAGACAAAGUUGAGAGAAUUUUUACGAAAAUGGAUCUGAAUCGAGAUGGAGUGGUUACAUUGGACGAAUUUUUAGAAUGUUGUCGAAAUGAUGAAAAUAUUUCGCGAUCAAUGGCUGUUUUUGAUUCUGGCUUCUGACAAAAUGCCCAGGUGUCAGACGAUCCACCACCAGCACGACAACAAAACACCAACAAAAGUGGCGGAACGACAACAGCAACAAUAACAGGUAAAAAACCCAAUAGACUACCAUCGUCUGCACCGAAAACCCAUCACAACCAACAGCACCAUCCACAUUUCCAGCAUCCAGCACCGACACCACCACCGUCAGCAUGCCAAUUUUCACACCACAAUUAUAUUCAACCAAUUUAUCACCAGUUAUAUCCGCAACAGAAUCACCAUUACGCUAGCAAUAAUCCAUAUCGGCAGCCGCCGAGAUAUCAGCACCAAUCGGAACACACACGAACGCGCCAAGCAAAUGGAUAUACAGAUCAACAUCAUCCUCCGGAUCAUUUACAAACACCAUCAACAUCAUCGCUUUCGGGUGGUGUACAAUCGCUUCAACAGCAAAGCACAUCAAGACCAAACUCUCAAGAACAAAUUCAAUUACAACCGUUGCACGUUCGACCCGAUUCACCCUCCCUCGUCAAAGUAAAAAGUUGGUACACAAUGUCAAAACGAGAUGUUUGUUAGCUGCAUAAAGCGGUCACCAUUUUCGUUCUGUUUGUUUUGGAACCGAAAGUGGAAACCGAAUUUGGUAUUGUUGUUUUUUUUUAGCUGUGGAUCAGAUAAAAUUCAAACACAUUUUUGGAUAAAUUCGUAUAAUAGUUGUUAUCGAGUGAGUUAUGACGAUUGAGUACAACAGGUGCGUAUAUAUUUCCUACAGAAGAGAUUAGAAUAGAUGAAAUAUAAACAUUUGCAUGAGUAAGCAUACGUAUAGAAGACAAAUGAAAGUUAUUGAAAACCUUGGCUUUAAAAUCGAUUCGAUUGAAAAUUGAACAGUUCUGCGAAUUAUUUUUGUAGUUUCUGUGUAUUGAAUAAUGUCUAUGAUUGUCGCAGAUAUUUUCAAAUGCAAAGAUACACGUUCUGUUAUUACAUUAAAAUGAAUGAAAAACUAUUCGAAAUACCAAAAGAAAUGGUGUCUAAUCAAAUCCAUAUGUAUAAUUAAUUGAAUAAAUGUUUAUAUAUGAGUGUUGUUAAAUUCAAAUCCAAUCUAUUAUUAUUAAGAUCGAAAGAGGAUCAAAUAUAUUUAAAUAAAUGAUAAAUCGACGAUACCAAAUAACAAUCUAGACAGAAAACUCUUUAUUAAAUGUUAACAUUCAUUAUGAAUGACAGAGAUUAUCUUUAUAUAUAUUUAGGCAGUUUGAAGAGAUGUACCUAUUGCGAAUGCCAAUUAGCGCAAUAUUUGAAAAUAUAUUUUAGUCAAAAGGGCGUCAUUCGAUAAAUUCCGGCAAUGAGAUUUCCGCACAUCGGACCUUUCGAUUAAAAAAAUAUUCAAAACGACUAUUUAAUUUAAUAUGAAUAAGUUGAAAACUUAUGAUAGCGUUUAAUAGACCAAGAGAGUACUAAUGAAACCAAUGAUUUCAAUACCUAUUAUGAGGCUAACAAAAAUGUAAAAGAAAUUCUUUAUUGGAUUAAAUCAAAUUAAAUAAAAAUCAUUAAAAUUUCACAGACACACACAGAGAAUAAUAAAUAAACAUUCAACUAUUGGAACUAGUGACUAGCUGUUUUACUUAAGUGUUUUUAAUCGAAUAAAAAAAAACAAAGCAAAUAAACGUUUAUCUGUUCGUAUUUGCAGAUGCAUAUUUAGACAUUUACAAAUUUGUGUACAAUUAGCAACAAAGAAAAAGAAAAGAAAAACAAGUAUAAAUAAACAAAAAUAUGAAAUGUUUUUACCGAUGGAACAAAUUAGGAUGCGAUAGAAAAAGUUCCGUAACCAAAAUCAAGGCCAAAACAAACACUCCUCAUUCAACAUCAUAAUGUGUAACUUGGGCAAACAAUUCACAAACAAUUCACAUUUUUUCCAAUUUGUAAUGUAAGUACAGAUGUGUGCGUACCAAAGAAUACACAUUUUUUUCACACAGCAUGUAUUUACAUGCCAAAAGCAAUUCUUCCAAAAUUCUUCCGGAGUUGUUGAAACUGCUUUGUAUAGCGUGUUUUUUUUUAAAUGCAGGAAAUGAGAAGUUUAAGAAACGGUUGCAUUUUUAUCGCAUAACUUUCUCAAUGUUCAUGUAUAUCUUAUUCGCCCUCUCUCCAUAUUGGAUUCGAUUUUUUAAGGAAACUCAUUCAUACACCAGUACAUACACACACCCCAUCCACAAAUCAAAGUCAUCCACCUCAAACACUACAAAAAAUGAAAUGAACAAAAAAAUAUUUAGACAAAAACAAAUGUUCGGCUUUCGGGUAUAUGUGCAACGACUGGCAAGCAAUAGCUAUUUGUGUACAUGUGUAUACGUGUAGAAGCGCAAUUUAAUCAUUUCGCUGGCACGCACCACAUUACAAAUUUCAAAGUUGCAUCAGUCUGUUGUACAUCGUUAUUGAAUUCUUCACCUAAUAAAUGUCUUAUAUUUUCAUUCUUUGGUAUAUAUAAAAAAAAGCAACAACAUAAAUUUAAAAAAAUUAGCUGAAAAUCUGUCGCGAUUCGCGAGUGAUCUAUUCCGACCGGAUCCACCUUUUGUGUCCAUGACAGAUUUCUAGUAAAUCAACAACGCCCUGACCGAAUCCACUUGGUGUGCGUCAUAAUUGCGACAUAUUUUCAGUGUAAAAAAAACAUUUCGUAGUUAACUCUGAAUGUUAUUGAGCCAAAAAAAAAUUGACAACAAAACACAACUAAUUGUAAAUAAUUAUAAUAAUAGAAACAGUACAAUAAAAGUAUAAAUGUUCGACAUGAUGUAUGAAAUCAAAAACAAAAAAAAAAUAGUUUCCAAAUAAAUUUACCAUGUUUUUCAUUUCAUCAUUAAAAAUUGGUCGGUUCAAAAUCAAAGAAUUUUUUCGAUUGUUAUUUGAAAAAAUAAACAAGAAAUCUUGGUGCAAAAGGAAUUUGUUAAAAGUAGAUGCAUUUUUUGGUGCAAAUAGACGCACGCGCGAUGUAUUCAUGUCACGUCAAAUCAUCAAAAAUCGUGUUUAAAUUUUGGAGACCUCAUUGAAUUGGCGUCCAAUCAAAUUUGUGAAUAGCAUUUAUUUUGAUUGGUCUGAUGAAUUGCGGUCCGUUCUUCUUCUUUUUUUAAAACAAUUUUUGUAUAAGACAUUUAAGGAUAUUUAGUAAUAAUAAUAGUAAAAUGUAUAUAAAUUUGAAAAAGUAUCAAAAUAAUCCUAAAAUGGUUCAUAAGUAUUCAAUUGUGAAUUGAAAAGAAAAAAAUAUAAUUGUAUUGAGCCUAAAAACUAUUCAAUGAAUGUAACUUAGUUACAAAAACUAAUACAUAUAAUUGAAAACUGCGCAAAACGAGCAUCCAUUUUCCAUAAGCUCAAUCAAUUGAACCUACUUCUAGCUAUAUUAAUGUUCUUCUUGGUAAUCGCCAAAUCUAAAGCAUCAAUUCGUACCUAAGCUUUUUAAGCAUCAUUACCAACCUAUGUUCUAAAGUGCAUAUUGUUUUUUUUUUCAACUUUGGAAAAUCAAAAAAUGUUUAGCAAUACCGUUAUUUGUAGAUAUGUUCUGUUCAAUGUGAAGAGUUUCUAAGAUAUCAACGAAAUGUUCCAUCAAAUACUCUUCAAUCGUGUAUGGCUUCUGGCUUAUUUUAACGCAUUUUAUGUGACAAAUAUUUCUGAUUUCAUUGCUUCGCAUUUUUGUUGUCAAACACACAGUAUUUUAUUGGAAUCGAUCAAUAGAUUUCAAAUCCUCAUUUAUUCAAAAGCUGCCGUCAUUUUGUGUUCAUAUUCAAAAUCAAAUAAUUCGACAUUCAUGUUAAAUUAAAUAAAUAAUAAGUCGUUGGCCAUUUUAAACGUUCUCUAAUUUAUUUGAACUCACUUGAACAACGGAAUAAUAUCUGUUAAUAGCUUUUUAAUUAAAACUGACCAAUUAAUUGAAGAGUAAAUUUACAGAAUUCUAUGUGAAAUUAGCUUAGAACUGUAGCAUUUAAAAAAAACACUGAGCAAACUUAUAUUUUAAUCAGACCAUAUACUGAGCAUAGAUAUUUAUCCGAGAUAUUUCGUGAGUAUCCGAUAAUACGCAACACACAAAUGACAACUAACCUCAAUAUGAACAAAAAUUGACAUAAAACUCAAUUUAUCCGAAGUCUCAACUGUUUUUGGGAUAAAUUUUAGUAUGCAUUUUUUCCGCUCAAAUGCCAAAGUGAUAUAUGUUAAGCACUUAAAUAUUUGAGCAGAUACUGAGGUUAGUUGUCAUUUGUGUGAACACAUUAUUGCUCCUUCUAAACGAACUGUGUACAAGACUUGAAUCGACGUGUUUGACUUAAACACAAUUCGUUUGAAGGAGUAAUAAUGCAGCACAGAUCGACGUUCAUGCUUACACACUAACUCAUCGUUUUCCUCGUUUGACUGCGAUGUACGAGCGAGCAUCUUUGUGUGAGUAUUAUUACCCCUUCCUCGUAUUGUGUUUAAGGUACACACGCCAAUUCGAGUCUCACACACACUUCGUUUAGAAGGAGCAAUAAUGCAUGGACUGCUGCGUUAAUUAUCGGAGUCUCACAAAAUAUCUCGGAUAAAUAUCUAUGCUCAGUAUAUGGUCUGAUUUAAAUGGAAAUCCUGCAUACAGCGUACAUCUAACCUAUAGCAAACAAAAAUAACCUUUAAAAAAAACUUUGUAAAAACAAUUUCCUUCUUCCGAGGAAACGAAAAUGGUGUAAGCUUUUACUUCAUUCAAGUUUAAGUUAAAUUCUUCUCUUUAACCCAGAAAGGAUUUUUUAGACUAUUUUGGCCUAAGCAAAAUGUAUUGUCUUUAUUUUCUACAUAAAAAUGUAUCACUUUUAAGUAUAACUAUAGUUACCGUUAUCAUCGAUGCAGAAUCUUUCCUGCCGAAUAUCAAUGGAAAUGACUUUUAUCUUUGGUAAACUAUAUAUAAUAAUUUUGCAUCUUACAAAAGUGCGAACAACAUUUUUGCGGAUGCCCAUUUCUCUCCAUAUGUAUUGGUCAUUCGUCUAAAUCUAUAUUCUACUCAGAUCGAACUUCUAUGAAGCCCCUAUAACUCUUUAAUCAUAUGCACAUAAUAAAAAUAGCUGUAUUUUUCAAUUUAACAUUUUCAAAUCGAAUUUAUGGAGAGCUCAUAAAACUGUUGAUCAACUGAUUGUAAAAUUCAUUGAGAAUGAAAACGAUUCAUCAAAACACCCGGUCCAGAUUUGGGAUUGAAGGCGCAAUCAGUAAAUUAUAACAUAUAAGAUUAGUAGAUUGUUUGAAUAAUGUAAAAGAAAAUCCAAUAGUUUGCAAAGGUUUUAUUGAAAUGCUUGGAUUCACCGGCAGCAAAAUAAAUGGAUACCGAAUUAUAAUUACAGCGAAAUAUGAAAAUAACAAAGAAAAAAAAAUUGUACAAACAUGUUAGACUUGUCACCUGAAAAAGAGCUAUAAACUAUAUAUAGAAAUGGAAUUUUUGUGUAUAGUUGGUAUAUUGUUGCAAUCUAAUCACAAAUAGUGUAAAUCAAUUUUGAGCCCAUGUCCAAUUGUCUGUAAAAAUCCAGUCGAUUUAUUUUUGGUCAUUUGGUGCAGCGUUUCACAUAGAAACUCACUGCCAAUUGUAUCUAGAGGUAUUUCAAAAAAGAAUCUCUUCAAUUCUGUUCCAUUCAAAUUGGCUGUUUAAUCAAAACAUUCACAAUGUGACGACUCUAAAUUCGAUUUUCUCCCACACUUUUACCUCUGCAACGUAAAUCCCGCAGUACAAAGUAGAAAAGAAAUGAUAAAAAAAUUUGUUGAAUGAAGUGCAAGCCAUAAAUUGAAAAACAGGUCUAACUUAUGAUAACAUUAAUUUAAAAAGGCAGACACAAUUUUUUUUGGUGCACAAUCCUGACGGUUCAAAGUUUUGAAUUUCAAACAUAGCGAUGGUUGUACAUAAAAUAGAAGAAAAAAGCCCAGCAAAGUAAUUGUUAUUAGAAAUGCGUAUUUGCACAUCAUUUUGAAGCCUGUCUCAUAUAAUAUUUAGCAUCAAUGUUUGAAUAUAUUGAAUGGAAACCCACUAGUUUUUUUAGAUAUAUACACAUAACGAUUGAAGCAACACAAUAAAACUACAUACACACACACUCCGACAUCCCUAUACACCGAGAAUUUUUCAUUGGAAUUUAGAAUGAUGGCAAUAUAACUAGGGACAGCCCGAAAGUGCAGGACGUGCCGAACCAUUCAUGUAAUUUACAAUUAUUGUUGGAGUCAAUGUAAAUACACUUUCAAUUCAAGUUACGGUAUUCGUGUCCGUAGUCAAUACACAAAAAAUCAGAUGUUAUUUAAUCAAGUUGUUAUAUGCGCUUAUAAAACUUUUGAUUUUCAAAAUAUUGAACGUUUGCCAAAAAAAAAUUGAAAAGUUCAAUGUAAACCUUUCCAUCCCUUGUGAAAUGUGUCCAUUUGGUGUAAAUGUGAAGAGAUGGAAGAGAGUGACUCUGGAAGUGCGCCAUGUCAAGUUAUUUGAUGUUUUUACGAUGUUCAAAAAAUGCAAAAACAGUUCAAUAAUUGAUACCGCUGAAGAUUUAGUUUUACAUGUCCAUGUUGUCAUAUGUGCACACAAAUUGAAAAUGUAAUGAAAAUCAAAAUCAAAGUUCCUCCAUGUUUCUUUUUCUCUUCGAAAAUCAAUUUAAAUUCAACGGUUUAGUUUCGAUAAAUACAUCGACCAAGCUUUAUACAUGAAACAGAGGUUAGAGGGUUACAUCAGAUAGAGACAACAAAAAAACUUAAAAUCACUGUUAUAUUUUACACCCGACACACCCAGACACAUAUCAACAACAAUUUUACUCUCUAUCGCCCCCCCCCCGGGGCC